AUGACGGCUUUGACGAAGAGCAAGGACGAAGACAUCCAAGAGGCCACGGCCUCGGAACCGUUGACGCUCGAGGAAGAGUACGAGAACCAGCAGUCGUGGCGGACGUCGCACGACAAGCUCACUUUCAUCAUCUGCCAGCCGCUGCCUGAAUCACCUGGGACGAAAGCUGAGGCGGUACAGGCUGGGGAGGUUGACGCAUCGAAGCACAUGAUAGGCGAUAUCAAUUUCUUCAUUUACCCUAACGACGACUACGAUGACGAUGAGGCGACUCAAAGCGUGGCUGAUGGCUCGUACGUCGGCGAGGUGGACGUCAUGGUCGCGUCUAAAGAGCAUCGGGGCAAGGGCAUCGGACACGCCGCGGUGACGACGCUCUUGACCUACGUGCACCGCAACAAGGAUCGUAUUCUUGCGGAGUACAUUGAGGGUGAGAGUAAGACUAGCGAGGGAAAGACGCCGGAGCUAAAGGGUUUGAUGGUCAAGAUCAAGAAGGAGAACGCGGCGAGCAUUGCGCUGUUUAGGCGGUUGGGGUUCGUGCAAAAGGGAGAAGUGAAUUACUUCGGGGAGAUCCAAAUGGUUCUGAAGGAGCUAGGACAGUUUGUGGCGUCUUCUGCCGGUGUCAAUGCCGCAAAGGAGUAUCGUGAAGUCGUAUAUUCUAGAUGA